UACAGCAUUUGUUAGGACAACACGGGCAAGUUGGUAAAACUGCGUAGCGUUAUAUGCUACGUUUUGUAGAAGCUGGCGACAUUAACUUUAUUAAUUAAGACUUCCAGAAUAUGGUAUAUUAGGCAACACUUUCUUUUGUGCGGGCGAUAAUAACUGUUUAUUGUUGUCUGAAUUGGUUGUUACACAGUAUCCUACUUACUGUAAGAGUUAAACACUUCCAAUGCAUGCUGCUCUGAGUCUUUCAAGCUCUAGCCAAUGACGCUCAGUCUGUCAACAUGAACUUUGAUCCUCCUUAACUUUGGUGUCCCAUUUCACAAUUUAAGCUACUUACUAACGUUAUAUGUCGGUGUCUCUUUGUCGAGAGGAAAUUUCUAUGCAAUUUUGACAGGAUGACGGAAAAAGCAGCGCCGCCCAUGCUUUUUCUUCACCCAUCCAGGGGACUAAUCGAUGAAAAGUUCAGUUUAAUCGUCCAAAAUUUGUCACAAAUUCAAGAUAUCACCUUGCACGCGCUGAUCCACUCAGAUGAUGGCGACUACUGGGAGGCCUUUGGCCACUAUGUUAGUGAUGCUACAGGAUUUGUAAAUGUUGCCAAUGAUCCUAGUUUAGGAGGGACAUAUGAUGGCGUGGAACCCAUGGGACUGUUGUGGAGCAUGAGACCAGUACCUGGCAGUAGAAUUGGACUCAGGUUGAGGAAGAAGGAGGUCCACACUCCCAUGGUGGUUCACAUCUCUGUGUACAGGGGACACAUGAGUCAGAGUUUCAGGGAGCAGGUGGCCCUGGCGAGUGUCGUCACAGAGCGCUGGUACAUGGCCCCAGGAGUCCGCAGGGUCGACAUCACAGAGGGAGGGGUCACAGGGACCCUAUUCCUGCCACCAGGACCCGGGCCCUUCCCUGCCCUGUUGGACCUGUGGGGUGGAGGUGGCGGUCUGGUGGAGUAUCGCUCUGCCCUCCUGUCGUCGCAUGGCUUUGUCUCUCUGGCCCUGGAGUACAUGACACCCCGGACCUCUGGGGGCUCAACCUCUCAUGUGGGGAACGAAUACUUUGAGGCUGCGUUCACUGUUCUAAAACAGCACCCUCAGGUGUGUGGGGACAGUAUAGCGAUACUGGGCCUGUCCUUUGGGACCUCAGUGGCUUUGAGGAUGGCUGUGUACUCUACUGUGAUUCAGCCCAGGUGUUUGGUAUGUGUGAGUGGCAGUCAUGUCCAGCUGGUGAAAGGCUCACUCUCUGACGUCUUCGGCGGGAUUAAUAAAAACGUCCAUAACACUCGCUAUGAUGAGGAGAAUCGAGUGAUCUGGCGGCAUCUGCUCCUACCCAUUCCAACUGAUCCAACCAAGAAAGUGGAUGUGGGGCAGCUGAAAUGUCCUGUUCUAAUGAUUGUGGGUGAGGAUGACCAAAACUGGCCUGCCACUGAGUCAGCAGAGGACAUGAAGCAGAUGAUGGAGAAAGCAGGAAACAGUCACCUGCUCACCACUCUGUCCUACCCUGGAGCUGGUCACCUGAUUGAACCUCCCUAUGGUCCUCAUAUCUGUGCCAGCAACUUCAUGGUGGCUGGGACAAAACAAAAGUUGAUGGUUCUUUGGGGAGGAGAGACAGCACCACACUGUUAUGCACAGGAAGACUCCUGGAAGAAGAUCCUUUCUUUUCUGGAGGAGCACCUAUAUAGAAGCACAGAUGUGACCUCACAGUCAAAUCUGUGACCAGGCCAGAGACACAGACAUAUUAUUACAUUUUUUUGUAAUUAUGACUUAUCUUAAUUCUCACCAGAGAUGUGAUGAAAAAAUAAUUAUGUUGAUAUAAACCACAUAAAUCAACGAGCCGAUGUCUUAAUCCAAAUUUCGUGUCAUUCCCUUUCUCCUGGUUUUGGUGAUCUACACGAACCAUAACAUUCAAAGAUUGAGAAGAUCUCUCAGAUUAGUGCAUUUUUACAAAUGUUUCAUACAGUCUUUCAUUUCAAUUAAAUAGACCUCAUGUCACGCCUUGGUCAUUGUAUUUUGUGUUUUCGUUAUAUAUUUGGUUAGGCCAGGGUGUGACAUGGGUUUAUGUUGUUGUAUUUCAUAUUGGGGUUUUUGUAUUAUUGGGAUUGCGGCUGAGUAGGGGUGUUGUAUGGGCUUGGCUGCCUGAGGCGGUUCUCAAUCAGUCAGGUGAUUCUCGUUGUCUCUGAUUGGGAACCGUAUUUAGGUAGCCUGGUUUCGCUUUGUAUUUCGUGGGUGAUUGUUCCUGUCUCUGUGUAGUGUUCACCAGAUAGGCUGUAUAGGUUUCUCGUUCCGUUUGUUGUUUUGUAUUUUGUAAUAGUUAUUUCAUGUGUCGCUUUUUCCAAUAAAGUCAUGAGUAACUACCA